AUGCAAAGAACUGACUCUUCAAUCAAUAAGACAAAUAGCCUUAUUAUAUUUCUGAUGAUUUGUCUAUUAAUUGCACUAAUUCCUCCAAAUAAUACAAUCGAGAAUAAUACUUUCGAAAUUUUUGAAGUAAGUGUGACUGAAUAAGAAAUUAAAUACUUUAUAGAGAAUGAUAUUCUCUACAAUGACACUGAUUAAUUUGGCAUAGAAACUGUAUAAAAUUGGUUACCCAUCCAAUCUGAACUAGCAUAACUAAAUUUAGCAUUAGAUUAUUUUUCGAGGUUAAAGUUAGAUAACCUUAUUUAAUAACAUAAUGAAUUAUAGAUUUAAGUAGAUUAAUGUCUCUAAUUGUCAUUAAAUCAAGAUCUCAAAAUAUUUCUAAAUAAAUUUAAUUCAACCACCAAUAAUGAUAGUUCAAUAGUUGAUUAUAUGAAUAAUUUGUUGAAUAAAAGAAAUAAAUUGCAUGAACUAUAUCUAGAAAAGAAAAAUAAUUUAGAGAAUCUUUAUAAUGAAGAAAGAAUGCUUAAAUCAUUGAUAAUUGAAUAUUAAAUAAAUGAGUAAGAUUAAAAGAUGUUAAAUAAGAAAAUAUUCAAUUUAAAUAAGUUGAAAUAUAUGAUCGAUUAGUCCAAUAAAGAGUUGAAAGAUAUGAAUGAUAAAAUCAACUAUCAAAAAUCUCUUGAAGAAGAUGAAGAUUUAAGUGAAUAUUAUAGAAAAGAUUAAGAUUAAGCAAAAAAACUUAGACAAUUAUUUAAACCAGCUGGUACAAAAUAAGUAGAAAUACAUAAUGAAUAAUUAUAUGAUCUUGUAAAUGUUUUAGAUUAAAACAUUAAAUAAUAUAAGAAUCCAACAGAAGUAUAUUUCAAUGGUUUGAACUUCUCACCAGAAUUAAGAAGAAAUGCAUUAUAGGAUUAUUAACUACAAUAUUCAAGACUAUAAAUAAAAUUAGAAUAAUAAUUGAAAAAUUAAGAUGAUUUAUAGAUAGAAAUUGAUGAAUUGGAAAGAAAGAAGAAGGAAAAGGAUAUGAGAUAUACUAAUGUUUUAAAUAAAUUAGAAAUAGUAAGAAAUUUAUAAAAGGGAUUAGAAUAAGAUUAUGAAACUGUGAAAUUUUAGAUUGAAGAAAUAACUAAAGAAAUAAAGAAUAUUAUACCAAUAAGUAAGAAUGAUAAUAACUAGAUAUUAAGUGUUCAAUAUUAAUAUAAAUGUAAUUAUAAUCAUUUAAUUAAUUAGAAUAUAUUUAUGAGCAUUUAGAUUAAGAUCAAAAAUGUGUAGAGAAAUGUAUUUAAUAUGAUUCUUUAAACUAAUAAUUAUAUAUGGGAAGAUAUAGAUAAUCGUUGCAUUUAAUAAAGAGACAUUUUUACGAAUUAGAUAAACUUUUUAAUGAAUUCAAAAUAUGA